UUUUUCUCUCACUAUCAACAUUCAUUCCCACUAUUUAUAUAUGAGAAGCCAGUAAAACCAUACACAACCAAAAGCCCUUCUUCCUUGUUAUUAAUCCAUAACUACUUCCUCUCUACCUUAUUUUUUUCAAGAAACUAUGACGAGUUCCAUCAACAGUCUGCAUUUUUUUAUUCUAAUUCUAGGCAUUGCUUUUACAUUUAUUCAAGUUCAUCAUGUAGAUAAACAAUGGUGGUUUUCAGUUUUAGCAACUAUAAUGUCAUUGAUAUACUCAACCAUUGGUCUAGGCCUUGGUGUGAGUAAAAUUGUUGAAAAUAAAGGGAUUUUCAAAGGAAGUAUAAGCCUAAAGUUUUGGAGAAUCUUCGCUGAUAUUGGGAACAUAGCAUUUGGAUACACACUUCAUGAUUAUUGUUGUAAUUCAGGACAAAGUCAAUUUUCCUCAACCAGAAUCUAAAGCAGUAAAGGUGGCUACUUUGAUCAGUGUAAUUGCUACAACAAUUUUCUACCUUUUAUGUGGAUGUGUUACGAUUUCAACCCCAACAACAAUUGUGACUCCAUUGAAAAUCAAGCGCUUCAGAAUUGUUUGGAGAACAAGCUUUGUGAUAAUGACAACAUUAAUAUCAAUUCUCUUCCCAUUCUUCAAUGAUAUCAAAAUUCAUUUUUUUCAAAAUUCAAAGGCCAAAAUACCAUUGCUCCAAUGUGUCCUGAAAUGUUAUUAUAGCUGCUAAAACUGAAAACCACCAUUGUUUAUCUAACUGAUGUUGCAACUAAAGAUAAUUGCAGGGGCCAUCACCGAGAAUUUUGGAUACAGAUCCUCUCCUGCCCCUCUCUCGUGUUUUUCAUACUACUUCAAUUUUAAUCAUCUAUGCAGUAAUUAAUAUUAAUUAUUUUUUAUAUUUAACCAAAAUGAGUGGUUGAGAUGGACUCAACCACCACAGAGAAUCCAAGUCCAAGAAUUUAAGUGACAGGUCGAAUUAUGAAUUUGAUGUACUUUUUCUUAUUUCAUAAUUUCUUUUACCA